AUGAAAAUUUAUUUGAAGGUUCUGUUGUUUUUGGUUCUGGUUACAGACUUCAUAAGGUGCCGUUCUCAAGACGGAGUAGAGGCGUUGGUAGAAAAUGCAUACGUUUCCUGUUCGCCCAAUGAUACCUGUACAAUAGAAUGCUAUCGGGGAUACAUUUUCUCUAGUGGAGAGAGGAAAACAAUUUUCCAAUGUUUAAAUAACAGCUGGUCUCCAUCUCUGAUGGCUUGUAAACGUAUACCUAUUGUAUCUAUGGAGUACUACACCGUCUGGAGUCUUGACGUUCAACCAUCGGAAUGCAACAAUAUUUCACAGCGUUUAGAGAACCCAAAACGUACACUUGAAGACAAUUUCAGCAAUAUCUGCAAAUACUUAAAUGUUGAUGUGAAUGUGACUUUUAAACAUUCUUCUAGGGCGUUUGAGGUAAUGAUUGAUUGA